CAAACUUGCCCGGCGAUUGCAGCAUCGAGCGGCGGCGGCGCCCUGCGUGUGCGGCUCAGCGGCGGGGACCGAGCUCUGCAGCUCCCCUCCCGGGAAGCGGGAGCUGGAGGAAGGACCCGGGCAGACGCCUCUCAUAGCAAUAUCUAUAUUUUUCCAGCCUGGGCUGCCCCUUGCCGGGCGGGGGGCUCCCUCCAGCCGGCGAGAGGGCGAGCGCUGUGCUUAUUUCUUUGCAAGAAGAUCUCUUCAGGCACCCCGAGCGGCGCUCCCCGGCCUUUUGCAAUAUAGAGGGGAAGCAGGCCAUGGUGAACCCCGGCGGCAGCGCGCAGCCGCCCCCGGUCACGGCGGGCUCCCUCUCCUGGAAGAGGUGCGCCGGCUGCGGGGGGAAGAUCGCCGACCGCUUCCUGCUCUACGCCAUGGACAGCUACUGGCACAGCCGCUGCCUCAAGUGCUCCUGCUGCCAGGCCCAGCUGGGGGACAUCGGCACCUCCUGCUACACCAAGAGCGGCAUGAUUCUCUGCAGAAACGACUACAUCAGGUUAUUUGGAAAUAGUGGUGCUUGCAGUGCCUGUGGACAGUCCAUUCCUGCUAGUGAGCUGGUCAUGAGGGCACAGGGCAAUGUCUAUCAUCUUAAGUGUUUUACAUGCUCUACCUGCCGGAAUCGCCUGGUCCCCGGAGAUCGGUUUCACUACAUCAAUGGCAGUUUAUUUUGUGAACAUGAUAGACCUACAGCUCUCAUCAAUGGCCAUUUGAAUUCACUUCAGAGUAAUCCACUACUGCCAGACCAGAAGGUCUGCUAAAAGGUCAGAGUAAUGCAGAAUGCGUGCCUUCAUCUCAAAUUUUGUUCAUCACAGAUGGAUCCCAUGUCUCCAAGUAGACAAGUCACCUUUGUAGCUAGCAUCAAUGCCAGCUCCAUACCAUUGCACCUUCUUUAUUCUUGAUUGCCCUUCCCACAUUUAUUGGUGUAUUAAAAUGACUGAAUAUGAACAUUAAGGACUCCAUGAACCUGGGCUAAUGGGAGACUGUAGAGAAAAUGAAAAAAGAUCCACCGGAGGACAUCUUGGGGGGG